AUGCCGAUAAGGCCACCAAAUCCGAGUCCAUUGUUGAACGCUAAUAAGUAUUCACGUCUAUUUCUACAAUGGGUAUAUCCAUUGGUUUCAAAAUGUCGUAAACAAGGAACACUUGAUGUUAACGAUCUCUAUGAACUUCUUCCUGAUUAUGACGCAGAAGCAUUAACAGAUAAACUUGAAGCAAAUUGGUUUGCUGAAACUAAACGAAAUCCUAAUAAACCGAGUCUAAUUCGAGCUACAUUAUGCACUUUAAGAUGGAAACCAUUUCUUAUUGGUCUUAUUCUUAUUCCUUCUGAAUUUCUUGAUAUUAUCCGACCACUCUUACUUACAUUUCUGAUGAAAUUCUUUGAACCAUGUUCAACGAUGUCAGCUUGGCAUGCUUGGCUUCUAGCUUUGAGUACAAUUUUUACAGCAUUUUGUUCUAGUGCUAUUGUCAUUUAUGGAAUUUACUUAAAUAAUAACUUGGCUUUACAAAUGCGUGUUGCUUAUAGUGGUCUAAUCUUUCGAAAAUUGCUUCGUUUGUCGAGUCAUGCAUUUAAUAGUAUUAGUUCAGGUGAAAUUACUAAUCUAUUAUCGAAUGAUGCUACUCAAAUUGAAAUGACUCUCCUUUUCUUUAAUUAUUUAUGGCAAGUUUCUUUAAUUGCUAUCAGCUAUACACUUGUAAUUCUGGUUAUUCAAAUAAUCUUCAGUCGUUUUAUACUUCAUUUUCGAAAUAAUAUUUUACAAGUAACAGAUCAACGUGUAAAGAUUAUGUCUGAAAUAAUUAAAUCAAUGCGUAUUAUUAAAAUGUAUUGUUGGGAAAUGGCAUUUGAUAAAAAGAUUCGUCAUGUGAGAAGACGUGAAAUUAUACAAUACAUGUAUUGUUUAUUGUUCGACUGUGUGCAAAUGCUCUUCUCACAUACAUAUAUCAAUGUAACAUUUUUGAUGAUGUAUGGAACAAUGUGGUGGCUCAAUAUUCGAUUUGAUAUACGCUUCUUUGCAGUUGCAUCCUGUUUGCUUAGUCAUAUGAGAUUGAUUGUUAUUGAUUUUUUUAAUUUUGCUGUGAAAGCUCUUGUUCAUUAUAUGGCUGCUCAGAAACGAAUACAGACAUUUCUUUUACUUGAUGAAUCCGAACGAGACAAUCGAUUAUUGUCUCGAUCACAUUCCGAACUUGGAUACAUCGAAAACAAUGAAUCGUCAAUAGUGAAGAAUAAUCCAAUACAAUCACCAAAAGUUAUAUGCAAUUUGAAACAAGCACAAUGGGAAAAGAAUGGAUCAUUUUGUCUUAAAAAUAUUGUAUUCGAUGCUCAUCCAGGUGAUUUGAUCUGUAUCAUUGGACCUGUCGGAGCUGGAAAGAGUUCACUUUUGCAAACACUCACUGGUGAAAUUGCAAUUUUCGAUGGAAAAGUUCGAAUGCAUGGUUCAUUCUGUUAUGUAUCACAAGAAUCAUGGAUAUUUUCUUCAACUAUUAAAACAAAUAUUCUCUUCGGCAAAGCAUAUGAUCGAAAUUUAUUUCAUAAGGUUGUUAAAGCAACUGCACUUGAUACAGAUUUUACUCAAUUACCUAAUGAAGAAAAUACUCUUGUUGGUGAUCAAGGUGUUAUGUUGUCUGGAGGUCAAAAAUCACGUAUUAAUAUGGCUCGAGCACUUUAUCGCAAUGCAGAUAUCUAUCUUCUGGAUGAUCCUUUAUCUGCUGUCGAUGCUAAAGUAGCUAAACAUCUCUUUCAAAAAUCUAUCAAAAAUUAUCUUGCUGACAAGAUUUGUAUAUUAGUCACACAUCAAAUUCAAUUCUUACAAGAUGCAACAAAAAUUAUUGUACUCAAUAAUGGUGAAAUGAUACAAAUUGGUAGUUAUACUGAUCUACUUGCUUCGUCAACAUCAUUUGCUCGUUUACUUGAUGAUAUUCAUCAAUUUGAACAGCAACAAUCUAUUGAACUUUAUCAACAACAAUCAAUUAUUAGUUCGACAUGUUCGAAUGAUGAUGAAGAAAUGUUGGCACUUUUGAAAAAUGUUGAAACAAAACAUAAGGGUACAGUCAAAUCUCAUGUAUAUGUUGCAUAUUUAAAAGCUGGUGUUGGUAUUAUUAUGGGCUUGUUCAUCGUCAUAAUUCUACCAUCUGUACGAGAAGGAACAUCGAUAUUUAGUAAUUGGUGGUUAGCAAAAUGGAGUGAUGAUGAAAGUUAUCGAUAUCGAAUUUUAAACAAUUGUACAACUGUUCAAAAUAACAAUAAUAAUACGGUAUGGUCAAUGAGUAAUACAGAAUGGAAUAAUCAUCGAAAUCGACGAUUUUACAUCUAUUGUGGUUUGUAUUCAAUUAAUGAUCAUAUUCUUUGA